CCCAAAACUAAAUCACUCUACACCUUUGAGUCUCCCUCACUGCACCAAUCUUUUCCUCUUUCUAUCUCUCACUAACAAACAGAUCUUAUUAACAUUCUGCAUUUAUUCGGAUUUCCAGAACUGAAUCACCACAACAACCUUCACAUUCGUCUUCAAUUUGUGCGGUUUGUGAAAAGUGGAACAAAUUUGUAGCUUUUUGAGCAUCUGAGUUCAAUUGGAUUGUGAUUUACUACACUAGAUAGUAAGACUUAGAUCGAGGAUGGCUCUGAGAAAACCUGGUUUAAUUGCUUUGUUUGAUGUGGAUGGUACUCUUACUGCUCCAAGGAAGGGGGUUACUCCAAAGAUGUUAAAGUUCAUGCAGGAUUUGCGGAAGGUUGUUACUGUUGGUGUUGUUGGAGGAUCUGACCUUGUUAAGAUAUCAGAACAGCUAGGGUCAACAGUUAUAAACGACUAUGAUUAUGUGUUUGCUGAGAACGGCCUUGUGGCCUACAAGGAUGGGAAGCUAGUUGGGACGCAGAGCCUGAAGACGUUUCUAGGGGAGGAUAAGAUCAAGGAGUUUGUGAAUUUUACCCUUCGUUACAUUGCGGACUUAGAUAUCCCGAUAAAAAGGGGAACUUUCAUCGAGUUUCGAAGUGGGAUGAUCAAUGUUUCGCCAAUUGGGCGCAACUGUAGUCAAGAAGAAAGAGACGAGUUUGAGAAAUAUGACAAGGUUCAUAAUAUACGCCCGAAAAUGGUGGAAGUCCUUAGACAGAAAUUUGCUCAUCUGAACCUUACCUUUUCCAUUGGUGGCCAAAUUAGCUUCGAUGCCUUCCCACAAGGAUGGGACAAAACUUAUUGUUUGAAAUACUUGGAAGAAUUUCAAGAGAUUCACUUCUUUGGAGACAAGACUUACAAGGGGGGAAAUGAUCAUGAGAUAUAUGAAUCCGAACGAACUGUUGGUCACACAGUUACGAGCCCUGAUGAUACUUUGGACCAGUGUACUCGUCUAUUUCUCGACAACUAAGUUUGAGGCACCCGACUUGUAUUUCUUUUAGUUUCCAUUUAAAAGGACUGAAUUUGGUUUGGAAAGAAAAGUUCUUUUUUGCUUCAUAUUUGCAUGGAUUGAUUGAUUCACUUGGUUUUGUUGGUUAUAUUAUAUUACAUUCAUAUACUUUCAUUGCU